ACGCAGGCGCAGUGCUCCCGUCGUCGCGCCGGGUCUGUCAGCAAUGGCGGACGCCAGCGGAGAGGUGGCUGUGGUCCCCGCCCCCGGGCCGGCCAAUGGCCUCAGUAAUGGAGCGGGCGCGACCCCCGCGCAGCCCAACAACCCGCUGUCACGGAAGCUGCACAAGAUCCUGGAGACGCGGCUGGACAAUGACAAGGAGAUGUUGGAAGCUCUCAAGGCACUUUCAACAUUUUUUGUUGAAAAUAGUUUGCGGACUCGAAGAAAUUUACGUGGCGAUAUUGAGCGUAGAAGCUUGGCCAUCAAUGAGGAAUUUGUGAACAUUUUCAAGGAGGUGAAGGAGGAACUUGAAAGCAUUAAUGAAGAUGUGCAGGCAAUGAGCAGCUGCUGUCAGGACAUGACAAGCCGAUUACAGGCAGCAAAAGAACAGACUCAGGAUUUAAUUGUAAAAACCACUAAGCUUCAAUCAGAAAGCCAAAGAUUAGAAAUUAGAGCACAAGUAGCAGACGCCUUUUUAUCCAAGUUCCAGCUGACUUCUGAGGAGAUGGCUCUUCUCCGAGGCACAAGAGGCGGCCCUGUCACUGAGGACUUUUUCAAGGCAUUAGGAAGAGUGAAACAGAUUCAUAAUGAUGUCAAAGUUCUGUUGCGAACCAACCAGCAGACAGCAGGUUUGGAAAUUAUGGAACAGAUGGCCUUGCUUCAAGAAACGGCUUAUGAAAGACUUUACCGAUGGGCUCAGAGUGAAUGCAGAGCAUUGACACAAGAGUCCUGUGAUGUGUCUGCAGUGUUAACUCAGGCCAUGGAAGCCCUGCAGGACAGGCCUGUCUUAUACAAGUAUACCUUAGAUGAAUUUGGAACAGCCAGGCGCAGUACUGUUGUUCGAGGGUUUAUUGAUGCUCUCACAAGAGGAGGACCAGGAGGUACACCUAGACCCAUUGAAAUGCACUCCCACGACCCUUUGAGGUAUGUGGGAGAUAUGCUGGCAUGGCUCCAUCAAGCUACUGCCUCUGAGAAGGAACAUCUGGAAGCUCUCUUAAAGCAUGUAACUGCACAGGGUGUUGAAGAAAAUAUUCAAGAAGUUGUUGGACAUAUCACUGAGGGUGUGUGUCGGCCUCUAAAGGUUCGAAUUGAACAAGUAAUACUUGCUGAACCUGGAGCAGUUUUAUUGUAUAAAAUCUCUAACCUCCUCAAGUUUUACCACCAUACAGUCAGUGGCAUCGUUGGAAACAGUGCAGCUACUCUACUGACGACAAUUGAAGAAAUGCACUUGCUAAGCAAAAAAAUAUUCUUCAACAGUUUGAGUCUCCAUGCGAGUAAACUGAUGGACAAGGUUGAGCUCCCGCCACCUGACCUUGGACCCAGUUCUGCCCUGAAUCAGACACUCACUCUGCUGCGGGAGGUUCUGGCCUCACACGAUUCUUCAGUUGUGCCCUUGGACGCUCGGCAGGCUGACUUCGUGCAGGUUUUGUCGUGUGUCUUGGAUCCUCUCCUCCAGAUGUGUACAGUUUCAGCCAGCAAUUUAGGCACAGCUGACAUGGCCACGUUCAUGGUCAACUCACUGUACAUGAUGAAGACAACACUGGCUCUGUUUGAAUUCACGGACAGGCGCCUAGAAAUGCUUCAGUUUCAGAUUGAAGCCCAUUUGGACACUCUUAUAAACGAGCAAGCCUCUUACGUUUUGACUCGCGUUGGCUUGAGCUACAUUUACAAUACUGUACAGCAGCAUAAACCUGAACAGGGCGCUUUGGCCAGUUUGCCCAGCCUGGACUCUGUGGCACUGAAGGCUGCAAUGGCUCAGUUUGACCGCUACCUCUCAGCCCCAGACCACCUGCUGAUGCCACAGCUGAACUUCCUACUCAGCGCCACAGUGAAGGAGCAGAUUGUAAAGCAGUCUACCGAGCUGGUCUGCAGAGCCUAUGAGGAAGUUCAUGCAGCUGUGAUGAAUCCAGUCAACGCAUACAAAGAUCCGGAGAGCAUCCUACACAGGACGCCUGAGCAAGUGAAGACACUGCUCUCCUGAUGAUCUUGAUGGCCUUUGCAGAUUAUUGGUGCCUGGAAACAAAGGGUGGUUUGGGUUUUUAAUCUGAGUCUUUAUUUCGAAGUUUGAGAAUUAGAGUUUUCCUUGUAUGAGAUCGUAGGUCAAUUUCUUUCAUUCUCAGCUAACAUGGAGAUAAAUCAGUAUUGACUUGA